AGCAGGCUGGGGAAUGGAAAGAGCCAAGCCGAGGGAGGCGGCGGCGGGCGGCGUUCGACAAUUCGGCUCUCCUCUGGUCAGCCUGGGAGGGGCUCAUUGGACGCGCUCGGUGCUCGGCGCGGCGCCUGUCUAGUCCGGAAGGAAUCGUGGCGCUGCCGCCCCCUCAGGCCAGUGACCCUCCCCCGAUGGUGUGAAGGACCCCCCCCCCCGUCCGCGGCUGCGGCCUUCCCCGGAGUCCGGCGCCAUGAACCUGCUUCCAGCCAACCCGCACGGGAAUGGGUUGCUGUUCGCCGGUUUCAACCAGGACCACGGUAAAGACCCUCGCGGGGCGCCGGGGGGUGGGAGUCAGGGGUCCGCCUAUCCGCCCGCGGGGGAAGCUUUCGGGCUUGGCGGGUUUCCUUUCCUCCCCCGUGUUAAGCGUCUGUAAUGGGGUGAGGUUGGGAGAGGCGAAAGUUGAGUUUCUCGCCCCCACCCAAAUAAUUCCAGGCCUUCCGAGAGGAGGGAGGCGCAGGUCUCGAACCCGCGGCCAGCCUAGACGAAUGCCUGGGCACAAAAAAGUGCGGGCGGGGAGGAGGGCUUUACCUUCCCUUCUUGGGGCCAAGAGAGGGGGCUGCCCUCUCCGGGCUCAGACACAUCUCCUCUUUCCCCCCAGCAGCUUGCCUUUGUCCCUUAAGUUUGCGUUGCUUGGCACUCUCUGUUAACAUUGAUGGGUGCCAAUACUUCCCUCUUCGGCCUCGUCUCUCCCCUUUCCGUUUGCCGGCCUCUGGUUAUCGCGCUUGGGUGUUUAUGGGGCGCAAUCGGAGUCUGGUGUUUUGCAAAAUGCGCGGGGAGGAUCGGCCUCUGCCCAGAGACACCAAGACAGGGGAGGCAGUUGCUUCCAUUCUCCUCCUUGCCUUCUCAGGCUUCCACGCGGAGCCUUGUUUUGUCCUAAUACAACAGUGCUUGGCCCAGCCCAGAUGCUUUACCCCUUGUACAUUGCCUCAUCCUGUUCUCCCUUAGUCUUUCUCUUUAAAAACUUGCAUAUAUUGAGCUCCUUGUUGGGCAUGAGUGUCAGACUUGCCCUCCUACUCAAUGCCAUUUCCACUGCAACUGAUGCAUAAUUCAACAGUUCCCACAAAGCAGAUGCCAAAGCUGGACUUAGGGCUAAGAUGUGUGUUUUGGCCCAGUUGUGCACUGAAUCAUUCUAUUCCUCAGAUUGCCUUGCUUGAAUUCUCAUCAAACUGCAGCUCUUUCAGAGGUAGCUGCUUUCUUGGGCAUAUGAAUUUGAAUGCAGAAUUGAAUGUCCUGAACAGUUUUAUUGCUUUUAAUCAAAGGGCACAUAGCAGCAACAUUAUGACCUGCGGUAUUUCUUAUGCGUCCCAGUCACAGUAAAGAAGCAAAAUUUCUAGAUACCCUAAAUGACUGCCUCUGGUCAUGGAACCAACUAGAAAGUAAGCAACCAUGAGGUUAAUCUUGAGUAGCGCCCAGGACCUGAUGCCAGAUGUAAUUAUUGUCAUGCCAGUUGGGAGCAGUGACCAUAGCACUACUAAAUUAAAUGUGCUUUGAUUUCAAAACAGGAAACUUCCCCAAAGGGAGUUACUUGGUAAAAAGGAAGUUGAAAGGCAAAGUUAAGUGGGUUGGAUCACUCCAAAUUAGAAACUCAGCUGGCGUGUACACCAUAGAUGGCAAAAAGUAUCAUGAGGGCCAAGAGAAUGCCAGUUUGGUAAUGUGCAGAGUCAAAGAAGCCGUUAGAGGCAAGAAGGCUUCCUUUAACAAAAGGAAGUCUUGUCCAAAUGGAAGAGAACAAAAAGGAACACAAAAUGGAGUCUCCCAAGAAUUGGUAUUGGUGUUUAUGCUUUAUAACUUGUUCACAAAUGAUCAAGAGUUAGGAAGGGGUGAGCAGUGAAGUGCCUACAUUUAUUGAUGAUACUAAAUUGUUCAGAGUCUUUAAAAUGAAAAGAGAUUGUGAAGAACUCCAAAAGGACCUUUUCAAACUGAAUGAAUGGUUGGUAAAAUGGCAAAUGCAACUCAUUGUAAAUGAAUUGUUAGCACUAGGAAUAAUAAUUUUACAUAUACGCUCAUGGGCUUUGAACUACUGGUGACUGACCAGGGAUGAGACUUUGGGGUAAUAGUGGAUGUCAGCGCAGUGUGCAGCAAUUAUGAAAAAAAGCCAAAUUCCACGCUAGGGGGGCAUUAGAAAAGGAACUGAAAAUAAAACUGCCAAUGUCACAAUGACAUACAAAUCUGUGGUGCAACCACAUUUGGAAUAUUGUGUAGUACAGUUCUGGUCAGCUCACCUCAAAAAAGGAUAUUGUAAAGUUGGGAAAGAUUCAGAAAAGUGCAACCAAAAUGAUAAGGGAAAUGGAUCUUCAAGGGAAGGUUGCAGUGUUUGGGGCUUCUUAGUUUAGAGAAAAGGUGAAUCAGAGGUGACAUAGAAGUCUAUAAAAUUAUGCAUGGCAUGGAGAGGAUGGACAGAAAGGGCCCCCCCUCACUCAUCACACUAGAACUGGUGGACCUUUAAUGAAGCUGAAUGUUGGAAGAUUCAGAACUGAUGAGAGAAAGUACUUCUUCACGCAGUACAUCGUUAAUAUGUGGAACUCACUUAAAGAGGAGGCAGUGAUGUCCACCAACUUUUGGAUGGCUUUAAAAGAGGAUUGGACAAAUUCAUGGAGGAUAAGGCUAUCGAUGGCUACUAGCCAUGAUAACUGUUUCCCCAGUUGGAGACAGUAAUGUUUCUGAAUACCAGUUACUGGAAAGCACAAGAGGGAAGACUGCUCCUGUGUUCGGGUCCUGCUUUUGAGUUUUCCACAGGCAUCUGAGUGGCCGCUGAAGUACAGGACGAUGGACUUGAUGGAGCAUUGGCUUGAUCCAGCAGGCAGUUCUUAUGUUCUUACAAUUAUCCCUAAUUAGUAGCAAUGACAAAUAUUUUGUCAUUUUAAUUUGCUAGGGAAGCUAGUUCAAAUUGAGUGACUACACCAGUCAUGUGCUUGCAAAUUGAGGAGUGUCCUAUGUUUAUUGUGCUCCUGUUCAUUUCAUAAUUAUUUUUCUAAGAAAAUCACACUUGUUUAGGUGCACAUUUAACAUUUCAUGUGUUCCCCUAAAAAUACAGUGUGUGAGGCAUCCCAAAUUGAUGUGGCCCUUAGUGAAUGAGCAAAAAUAGUCAUCCUAGCUGGUGUUCUUUUUUUUCUGCCAAGAAAAUAGGCUAUGACUCACUAGAGUAACACAAGUUAGGGAUCAACUUCCUUGUAGUAAACCUCACCCCAGAAAAGCUUAUGCUUUGCUGUUCUUUACCUUGAGAAGAUUUUAUUGCAGUAAUUUGAGUAGUCACUUCAGUGGAGUUUCAUAGAAUGUGUAAGCUAGUAAAAUGUUCAUUCUAUUUGCAUCAGAAACUUUAUAUCAUGUGGGUUGUAUGGGCUACAUCAUGUGGGUUGUAUGGGCUACACCUACAGGAUGCGGUUUCCUAGGGUGCUUGUUUAUAGGCUAGUAGAGUUGUUGGAAUUCCAGCUUUUAUCUUGGCAACAAAUUCAGAUGUGCUGGUUUUGACUUAUAAAGCCUUAAACAGCUCAGGACUGCAAUACCUCAGGGACCACCUCUCCCCGCAUGAAAUUAUCUGACCCCUGCGAUCCUCACCUGAGGCCCUUCUUUGGGUGCCUCCCCCACAAGAGGUCUGGAAGGUGUCAACGCAAGAACUGGCGUUUUAUGUGGUGGCUCAUAAAUUCAAGGUUCAUUCUAAACCAUUAUAGUGAAUAAAGUUUUGAACUUGCUGAAAGGAAAAAAAAUAUUUAGAUUGAUGUACUUGAUUGUGCUUCUUGGUAAACAAAUAAAUGGGAAAAAUAAUAUGCAGUUACUAUAAAUGCUGAGGUAGAGGAACAGAAGGGGGCGGGGAAAAGGAAGACACAUUUUUCUCAAUAACUGGCAUCAACUACAAGAAACAGGAAAUGUGUGGUUGACAGAGCUCUCAAUUUAAGCCUGUUGUGGGCCAGCCUGUUCAAAAACAAAUUACACUUGGCAGAAUGAGGACUCCCUAAUCCCUAUAAACAGCUGUGUAGGUUUGAUCCUAAAUAGCCAAGAAAAUACAUCAGGUUCCAGGCAUCUUUAUAGCUUUUAGUGCCAAUUGCUUUUCUAAAAUGUUCACAAAUCCAUUCUACUGCCAUGGACACAAUUGAACCACUGUAAUGCAUUGGAUCUGUACUUGCAGUUAGAUUCCUGUAUUGCCUGUUGUGACUAAGAGCAUCUCUGGCAGGGAAGUCUUACUUGACCCUCUUAAUGGGAGAUGCCUGGGACUUCUGUACACAGAGCAUGUGCUACUACUGAGCUGUCUUUUGCCUGUUGAUAAAGAGCAUAUAUACCUGACAUAGUAAUCCUCUUCUUUUUUAGGGUGCUUUGCAUGUGGGAUGGAAAAUGGAUUUAGAGUGUUUAAUGCAGAUCCGCUCAAAGAGAAGGAGAAACAAGGUGAGAUUCUUCCUCAAUAUACAUAGUUGUUCUGCUGUGCCAUUUUUUUCAUCUUAAACCACGUGCUGUGCAAUCCUGUACCCUCAAGUAACUGUGCAUAGAACAGAGAUUUCACUUGCCAGAAUUUGAGUACAUUUUUUUAAAACUUUGAUCCAGUAUAAUAUUGCAGUGUCCAUAAUGUGUGGUCAGAAGAAGGCUCUGAGCAGGCUUUUCUGAUGAUGAAGCAUUGUCUUGAAACAAGGCACUCCCGGAGUAAAAAGUAAAAGAGAACUGACAUCAGCUGCAUUUUAACUUGGAGUCUUUGGAGAGAAUCCUCUUGAUACACAAAGAUGUUACAGCAUUAAUAAACUUUUCUUUGCUUUGAGUGUUUAAUUAAAAAUGUCCCUUUUCCCUCUCCAGAAUUUCUAGAAGGAGGUGUUGGCCAUGUUGAAAUGUUGUUUCGCUGCAAUUAUUUAGCUUUGGUUGGUGGAGGGAAAAAACCCAAAUACCCACCUAAUAAAGGUAAAGUAUUGAGCCGUAAGUAAGCAAUAGUUUAGGGCUGAGUUCAGCACGAAACAUUUCCAAGCAGCUUUAAUGUAACUGGUGUUCAAGCAGAUUUUAUCGAAAACUUCCUGGGUAGUUUAAAAUUUGAAUAAAUGUGGACUUAGCUGUUACCCUUCUCGAGUUGUGCAACGAGGUAUCCUUCCUUUUAAUGCCAGGUGCUAGCUAGAGCAAAUCUGUGACCUAUUGUUUCCCUGUAUUCAGGAUAAUUUGUGUUUUUCCAGAUGGUCAAAGGAUAAACAGAUUUUGAUAAGCAGCCAUGAUACUGCACUCCCACAUAAAUAGGAAUAAAAAGCUAUUGGCAGUAGCAGGUGGGGAGGGUGAAGAAGAGGGUAGACUAAGCUUCAGAAUGCCAUCAUAUAAGACUUGUUUGGAUGUAGCUGAUGCUUCUAUUUUCUCCUGCUCCAAACCAAUUGUAACUGAAUGCUAACUGUACAAUGUCUAAUUUUGAAGAUCUGAACUUGGGGUAUGGUUUUUGUUUUUGUUUUCUUGCCAAGUGAACCAGUGCAAACUGGGUAGUCUGGGAUGCAGUAGUUCCUCAUGUAGCUAGACUCCCAAAGUGGCAUCUCUGGAAGCACUUUAUAAGAUUGCAAGGUGUUAUUUUAAGACUAAUAAGGCCACUUCCAUUUCUGCAGUGAUGAUCUGGGAUGAUCUGAAAAAGAAGACCGUUAUCGAAAUAGAAUUUUCCACAGAAGUCAAAGCAGUUAAGCUGCGAAGAGAUAGGUGAGUCUGGUCACACUGUUGUAUGGAGAGCUUCUUCUGUUUAUUCCCCAGUUUGGAGUUGGACCAGUGUAGCUGGACAUGAUGCUAAUUGGCCUGCCAUUGCCUUCUCUUUCAGAAUCGUGGUAGUUCUGGACUCUAUGAUUAAGGUUUUCACAUUCACGCACAACCCUCACCAGUUGCACGUCUUCGAAACCUGCUACAACCCUAAAGGUAAGUGUUAUCCACUACAUAAAGUGUAAGAGGAACAAAGAAAGAUUCUGUGCUGUUCUUCUUCUGUUUGCUAUUGUACUCCUUAUGAUAACUGAUGCUGUCUAUUUUGCACACCCUAGGACUUAACUAUAUAAAAAAACUACUUGGACCUUUCUCAUGCUUUGCAAGUGCUGUGAUGCUGAGCCAUAGCAUCCUUGUCAUCCCCAUUAAAUGCAGUGGAAAAACUUAUGAAACAAUUUGUCCUCCAUCUUCCCAUAGUUUUCACAUUGGAUUUGGAAAAAAAGAAAAAACAUUGUUGGAAAAUGCAUUUGUUGGAAUAGGGCUAAUUGUCAAUUUUGGGUGGGAGUCAACGGUAUGCUAUGAUGAACAUUGCAUCACUGCGAGCAUUGCAGUUUGUCCAACAAAACAGUUUCCCCUCUCCUCCCCUGUGUGCUGUUCUGAGGGUUUUCCUAAUCACCUUGAGCCAAUUUUGAGAGCCAUGGAAGCAGGAGAAGGUGGGGGGGAGCCCUAUUGUGCAAACGGAAGCCCUAUUGCAGGGUUUGCGCUGAUGGGACUCAUUCGGUAAAUCCUGCCUUUUGCUUAUACAGACAUUGACACUCAUGGCUAUGUGGUAACAUGAAGCGUCCUAGCUUGCUUUUUUGAGUGUUCCAAGUACUCUCAAAACUUAUUUUCAGAAGGAAGGUGGGGAGGACGGAGAUGGUAGUAAAAAUGCCUAUUCCUCAAUACUUUAAAUUGUAUUUCAGGUCUUUGUGUCCUGUGCCCAAACAGUAAUAAUUCCCUACUUGCAUUCCCUGGAACACAUACUGGACAUGUGCAGAUAGUGGACCUGGCAAAUACAGAGAAACCUCCUGUAGAUAUACCAGCUCAUGAAGGGGUCUUGAGUUGCAUAGCUCUUAACCUACAGGGAACAAGAAUUGCCACAGCAUCAGAAAAAGUAAGUCAGUGAUUUUACUCCACAGUUGGCUAGAAAACAACACAAGAGUCCUUAAUGAUUUAGAAUGAACCCUGAAUUGUGUCAUCUUGAGAGUCUGCAUGGCAUUUUAAUAGGUGCAUUGUAUAGUCUUUAAUUUACUGUUACGCCUACUGGGAAGACUGUAUCAUCUAACACAGAAGUUGAAUUUAUGGAAGUCUUGGCUUUAAAGUUUAUACAGAAAGUUGGUAACCUUUGAGGCUGUAGUGAUUACAUUUGAAAAUACGCAUGCUGUUAUUGCAAAUAUUGGUCAAGAGAUAAACUCUGCAUUCUUUGGCAGCCUGUAACCUGCAUUGCUUCAAAUAGGUUCCCUGGCUAUUCGUUCCUCACUCAAACCUUUCAUCCUGCUGCCUCACUAUUGCAUGCCAGAAUCUUCCAAUAUAUGUAACAAAUCUGUUAUAUACUAGGUUCAGACUACUGUAUAUGGUAUAAAUCCAGUUCAUGUAGACUUUCUCAAUUUUCCUGUCAAAAUACUGACUUUAGUGGCAUUGAUCUUGGAUAUAUUCAUGCAGAUAAACCUGAGAAGAUUUCCAAAUAUGUGGGAAGGAUAGCACUGGAUAACAAAAAUAAUUCCAUAUGGGAAGGGCAGCUACGAUAGUGUAGGGUGGUGGAAAAAUGUAUCCUAAUGUUGUGUUCUGGGAAGAACUUGUGUUGUUUUUGAAAGGCUCCCCUCACAUCUUUAAUGUGUGCUGUUGCUUUUCAAGGGGACCCUAAUAAGAAUAUUUGAUACAUCAUCUGGGCAUUUAAUCCAGGAACUGCGCAGAGGGUCUCAGGCUGCCAAUAUCUACUGGUAAGGUUUAUUGGUUUUGUUAAUGUGUUGGGGGGAUUGGAGGAAUCAUUCUUUGCCUUGAUCAUCAGCAAGAUGAGGGAGUGGCCGUUGUACAAAUGGGGUUUCAUGCUUUAAAACUACUCCCCCAUUUUCCAGUUAAGAGACAUGAACUUCCUGUGUGUGAAUAAUUUUCUUCCAUCUGUGACCUACUAAUCAUACAGCUGAUACUGUCAGCUGGCUUUUCACAUUAGCCAGUUCAGUGUUAUGUGUAGCACAUCAGACAAAUAUAAACAUUAGGCUUGGUAUCUGAAAAUUCUUUGGGGGAAAUGUGACAUCACAGAGGUAGAGAAAUCAGCAGCAGUACAGUUCAAGAUGAAUUUAAUCCAAUUGAGAGUUGAGCAUUAAACAAAACAAAAAAAAAUGGGAGUGGGGGUUAAGUCUGAGAGGUAGCAGUGUAUGAGAUAUACAAUAAAGCAUCAGUUCAAACAUGUGAACUUUUCUAUAGCUUUAAAAAGUUGGGGAAACAAGGAUCCCUUAGUUCUAUGUCCGUAGGAUCUUUGAUAUCUGCACCUUUUUUAAAACUCAGAAUUAAAGUAGCAUUCAUCCUGCAACUGUGUUGGUUUAUGGAGGAACUAAGAUACUAAUUAAGAAGUAAUUAUGCCUCACCAAUAUCCUUGUGCCCUUUUCUUCAGCUACAUGUAUUAUGGAGGAGUUAAUGCUUUUUAAAGGUGUGAAUAUAUUUCCCUUCCUCCCGUCUAUGUGGUUUACUUCUGGGGUGAAUGCUCUUUCACUUUCUACCACUUCAGUUGCUGAUGCUGCUUCACUCUGCAUCAACACCUGCUGAUAAAAGGUUAGCAUCUCACUGGGUAUGUUGUUGCAAGGUGGCAUUGCUUUAGAUAACCUCCCCAAAACCUAGUUAGAAACUCUUAUUUUUAAGGUACUUGGGAAAGAGGUUGGCGUAUAGUGUUUGAAAAGUUGCAGUAUAUAUACAUAGGCAUUUCUUUAAAAAGUAACUUAUUCCAUGACAGUGGUGAUAUAAGCAGACUUGUUUCUGACUUCUCCUUUAGCAUUAACUUCAACCAAGAUGCUUCUCUCAUUUGUGUGUCAAGUGAUCAUGCCACAGUGCACAUUUUUGCUGCGGAGGAUCCUAAGAGGAACAAGCAGUCGAGGUAAGCAGCUGGGGCCAGAGUGAUGAUCUCUAGGCAAAAAUGAUUAGGUAACUUCAUACAGGAAGAAUGUAUCAGUAGCUAAAAUAAAGUAAAUAAUUUAAAUAAUCAGUGACCUAGCCACUGAGAUCCACGCAACCGUCACCUCCAGACUGGAUUAUUGUAACUCGCUCUAUGUGGGGCUGCCCUUGAGACUGACCCAGAAACUCCAGCGGGUGCAGAAUGCCGCAGCGAGACUCCUUACGGGGUCCUCCUCCAGGAUCACAUUCACCCAGUGCUAUACCAACUGCACUGGCUCCCGGUGGAGUACAGGAUCAGGUUUAAGGUGCUGGUUUUAACCUUUAAAGCCCUAUACGGCCUAGGACCCUCAUACCUAUGGGACCACCUCUCCUGGUAUGUCCCACGGAGGACCUUAUGGUCUUCAAACAAAAACACUUUGGAGGUCCCGGGCCACAGAGAGGUUAGGCUGGCCUCAACCAGAGCCAGGGCUUUUUCAGCUGUGACUCCAAUCUGGUGGAACGCUCUUGUCACAAAAGGCUAGAGCCCUGUGGGACUUGACAUCUUUCUGCAGGGCCUGCAAGACAGAGCUGUUCCACCAGGGCUUUGGCCAGGGCACAGCCUGACCCCCUCCUUUGGCAAUCUGCACAGAACUCUAGCCCAAUGGUUGCCAUUAAUCUGAUUUGAACUGAUUUUAUAAUGAAAUGAUUUUAGAAUGUUGUAUCAUUUUACUGUUGUUAGCCGCUCUGAGCCUGGCUUUGGCUGGGGAGGGCGGGAUAUAAAUAAAAUUUUAUUAUUAUUAUUAAAAUAAUUGUGAACCUUAAUACGUGCUGCUAGGAGUCAGUUUGCUUCAGUGCCUAGACUACUGGGUUGAGAUGAUGCUGAAGAGAGCUUUCUUUCUUUUUCAGCUUAGCAUCAGCCAGCUUCCUGCCCAAAUACUUCAGUUCCAAAUGGAGUUUUUCCAAAUUUCAGGUUCCCUCAGGCUCUCCCUGCAUCUGUGCCUUUGGAACAGAGCCGAAUUCUGUCCUAGGUAAGAAUCUCAAGUUUCACCAAAAAUCAAACAAGGCCCCUCGCUAUGCAUAUCCCAAACAUAGCCUAUGAAUUCAAGCAGCUGUGCUCACAAACAAGCUUUUUAGAGGAAUCUCCCUCUGUCCUUGAUGGGAGUGUGAUUUAUAUAAAUGGGUUUUAACUCCAGAUUAAUGUCAUAUGAUUGCAGCCUAAGAUUGUAAAAAAUGUUUAGAUGGCAAGGAAUGUUGAACACUCCAGGUUGUUGCUUGAGAUCUCACGGAGGGCAGCUUAAUGAUUCAUCAAGAACUAUCUGGGGUGGGGCAAGCCAGGCGCUAGAACUAAUUGGCGUAUAUAGCGCAGAUCUUAUAGGAGAACAUUUCUUAGCCUGCAGGUAAUGUGGUGUCUCUUGCUGCUCUCACAAGCAAAAGCUGUGCAGUGAAACACAAUGUGUAAGCAAUUGACUUCAGUUGCCAAACUGAAAACAGUAUCUUUCUCUUGCAGCGAUCUGUGCAGAUGGCAGCUACUACAAAUUUUUAUUCAAUCAAAAAGGGGAAUGCUCCAGGGAUGUCUAUGCUCAGUUCCUAGAAAUGACUGAUGACAAACUUUGACUGAACUGAUGGAAAUUUGUAGGUAAGGGGGAAGGAUAUCUGGAACCCUGUCCUGCUUAUUCUCCCUUUCCUGAAGAGAUGGCCUCUCACUACCUUCAGUCAACUGUGCUGCUCAAGAUGGGACAGAUGACUUUAAGAAGCCCAAACCAGUAUGGACAGAGCAAAGCAGAGGACUACUACGUUAACUGUCAACAGCUGGUUUUAAAUGUUAAGUUUUGGCUGCUGUUGUUCCUUCAAUUUUUCCCCCCUUUUUUAAAAAAAUGUUUCAAUAGCCUGUGCCUAUUGGGUUUCUCUCUGUAAUUAAACUGUGAAGCUUAGUGCCUGCCACUCCAUAAGAGUGAAGGGGCAGGAGAUUACUAAGGUUUAAACAGUGAACAGGACAUGUCAAAAGUACAUACAGAUUUGAGUUCUAGUACCGUGCUUAAGGGGGUGGCAGGAAAUCUAUACCAGCAAUUUCUGCCUUUGUAAAAUGUCCUUUUCCUCCUAUCUUCUAAUACACAGAAAGGAAUAUUAUAGCAAGUUGGCUCUUAGUUGCACUUGCUCUGACAUAGAUAGAAUGCUCAAGGUCCUUGUUUUCAUGCUGUUAUAAAUAGAUAUUAACUUGUUUGUCAUUUGUCAGAGGUGCCAAAAGAAAUCCAUAGCAAACAUCAUUAAAGUACUGUUGGCCUAAAUAACCAUUCUGCAGGGCAGGAAGUGGCAUAGGACAAUGUUGAGAUGUUGGGAAAGUGACAGCAAACAGCUUAGAUAUUGGAAAUAACCAUUCCAGACACUUCAGUUCUUGAUCCAUUGGUAUUUGCACUUAGGUUGUGCUGGGGAAGUUCUACAAGUACAAGAUAAUCUGUAAUGGCCAAGAGGGUAGUAUAUUGAACAACAAGAAGGGGGAAAGUGUGACCCUCCAGAUGUUACUGGACUUCACUGCCAUCAGUGCUAGCCAGCAUGGCCAAGGAUGAUGAGAGGUGUAGUCAAACAGCUGGAGGGCUGCAGCUUUCCCACCUUAUAGCCUGUAAGAAAUCCCUAUCAUACAACAAGCGUAUUAUGUGUUCAGAACAAACUAAGCUGCUGUCUCUCUGAACACUAAGUAGUAUAUCAAUCACAACACUAUAUUUUGGGAAAUGAGGUAUUUGGAGACAUAAUUUGAAGUUACCAAUAUCAUCCCCUUAAAACACAACUUCAGUUAAUAGCUCCCUUGAUUUCAUGCAUACUUCAAAAUGAACUGAAGUCUUGGUUCAAGUUGAAAAGUAUUGGAAUUUGUCAUUUAACUAAAACCUAUAUUCAGAUGUCAGUUUGCAUGUUGCUUUUAAAUGUGUAUUUAAUCAUGGAAAUUGUUUUGCACACCUUUUGUAAUUUUCUUUAAUUAAAGUGACUUAAUUUGCUGUAUUCAUUUUAUGGUAACAGAAGUUCUGUACAGUGGUACCUCUACUUAGGCACACCUCUGGUUACGUAUCCUUCGGGAUAUGCACGUGUCAAACCCGGAAGUAUUAUUCCGGGUUUCGCCGCAUGCACAGAAGCGUUUUACCACACCACGCGCAUGCGCAGAACAGGCACCUCCAGUUGCGAAAACCUCGGGAUCCGACUGGAGCUCCGGAAUGGAUCCCAUCCGCAACCGGAGGUACCACUGUAUAUGGGUGCUAGUGCUGUUCUUUGUUUUAGUUAAAUUGCCUAAAUAGCUCAAGAUCAAUUAGGAGUAGGAUGCAUGUAAUCUAUGGUGCUAAUAGAUUGUAUCCAACAAUGUUGCUGAGAUUUUUAAUUAGUGGACCAGUGAAGGGAAACAUGUUUGUUGAGUCUAGGUGGACAAACAGUCUGUAUAAGGUAGUUUGGCCUCUGGCCAAAUUCUUUGACACCAACUUCUAAUUCUUAUCAUUCCCUUUUGUUCUAGGCGUACCCUUUUAUCAUAUAGUUUUUUAACAGUAAUGUUAUCUUUAAAAAAUGGGCUAAAAGGGGGGAAAAACAUUUUGAAAAGUGUUGUUUCUUUGCUGAAAUCCAUCACUGCAAGACCCUUGCCAAAUCUCGUAAAACUCAGGUAGAGAAGUAAUGUUUGCUGAAUUUUUCAAGGUGGAUAGGUAUGCCGAAGCAAAAUAAACAGGAAGUUCAGUUCCAUCACCCACAGGUUGACGUAAGGUAACAUUUUUAAAAAAUCCCAGUAGUUAUUAUUAACACUAGUUUGUCAAUUGUAACAGCAUUUACUUCACACACAUUUACGACUUAAAAAUGCUCAGUCUUCUGUAUUUCAUCUUCCAUGAUCCUCACUGUUAUGCAUAUUGCAUAUUGUCUAUAAGGAUACACACACACAUGCCUACCUCUGCCAACCCUAGGAUAAUAUUAUCUACCAAAGUAGACUUGUUUGAAAGCUUAUAAUGUAAUACACUAUUGCUCCACCAUCCUAUGAAUGUUCAGGAAAAGAAACUUAAAUGUAACAUUUGUGUGCAUGCAUGCCUCCUUUCUCACCAAUGCCAUAUUCCCACUUGACAGAUUAACCUUCUCCUGUCACUGUUAAAAUGAGUUGAGAGGUCUCCUCCCACAGCACAUGAAACAAGAUUGGAUGGACCUUCCUCUACAUUAGGGGCUUAUCUGACUGGUUUUGAAAUAAAUGCCUAUUAGUCUACGGUGCUACCUUAGGUUAAGUACUUAAUUUGUUCCGGAGGUCUGUUCUCAACCUGAAACUGUUCUUAACCUGAAGCACCACUUUAGCUAAUGGGGUCUCCUGCUGCUGCCGCGCCGCCGGAGCACGAUUUCUGUUCUCAUCCUGAAGCAAAGUUCUUAACCCGAGGUACUAUUUCUAGGUUAGCAGAGUCUGUAACCUGAAGCAUAUGUAACCUGAGGUACCACUAUACUUACAAACACAAGUACAACCCAGAACAGCUAUUAACAGUUAAAUGCAUAUGCCAUUUCUCUGCACCUGAGCCUUGGCCAUGGAAAACACUAGCUAAAAUCACAAUAAUUCAUGCAUAAAGGAAAGUCAAAUUCUGAUGAAAAAUAAGCACUGUUCAGUGCAGAAACAACUUUUAGCAACUGUAGUAAUGGUAGUAUAAUCCAAACACUAGUAGGUACAUCGGCUAACUACAACAUCGAUAUGGUAAGAGACUGCCAUGCUGUUCAGAAAUGACCCAGAGCUCCUUUUCUGUGCAACACCAUUGGGGAAAUAUAUAAACUCAGAUGUUGAUAUAACUAGCAGGCAUUUGCUCAUGUGACUCAAAUUGCUCGGGGGGGGGGGGAUAGUCUGAUUUUGUAUUAGCUAUUUCAUCCAGGCAAUUGCCCACUUGGUCCAAGUGUCUUCAGAAACCUAAAAUGGACUUGCAUGAAAUUUUCUUCUGCAAACGACAUCAGCACCGGUCUCAAGUAGCAGUCUCACAAGGAGACAGCUGCAAUGUCAGAGAGCCGUAAUAUACACUUCCAUGAAAUCCUAGUAUUUUUGUGCAAUUACUUGUUUACAAAGGCGACUGAAGUAAAAGCUUCACGUAUUACAUAUAAUAAGGGAAAGUGAGUAAGACAAGCAAAGAUAAGAUACCACUGGCAGACAGGGUAAGGAAGAAUUUCUGUAUUUGGUAAUAUUUUAUGUUAUUAUUUCCGAUGCCUAUCCUACUCAUGCCCUCCUGUUUCACUUGUCUCAGCCCUGGCAAUUGGCAUUUUGACACUUUUAAGUUAUAUCUAAGCUUUCCCCAGUGCUCAAAUAGCAUAGCAUUACUUAACCAAGUUUAUGGAAUGGAAAUGCAAGCGUUUCUAGAGUACCCUGCCCAUGGAAGAAGGGGUAGAUCAACAGCAGGUAAGUUCAAAGAUUCUUAUAUUGAAGGCUAUCAUUCUAUGCGCCCUUACCUGGAACCAUGGCAUUCUGACAGAUGUGCAUAGGACGGCAAUGUAAAUCUUGCUCCAAGAUUCUGUGUCCUACACUGACUAUAUUGGGUGCAUAAGAAAACUUCCAAGUGUGAAUAAAUUUUGACUGACUU